AUGCAGCGGACAUUGGCAACGGGAACUGAUUUCCUAGGCAUCGCCAGGCAGUCGCACUGGCAGCACCAAGCCUUCCGGCGCAAGCACAUUUUUCAUUCCUCGUUAAAGCGCCGGGCCUCGACGAUUGCGGCACUCGAGGAGGACGACAAUCGCAAAACAGUCGCAGGAUCGCAGAGCGGCAAUUCCGCAGAGAUCCGCAUUAUGAGCUCACAGGAGUUCAAGAGGCGCAUGACGCGGUCCAAAGCGCCGGCUUUUGAUCCAGCGGCGGCGUCCUUCAUGCCAGCACCCGACGUGCGUAUCCCGCCGCCAGGCUGGCAACCGCAGCCAGAACAGAUCUUCCGAGGAGGCCAGAUACCGGCGAAGAUGAGACACGCAGCAGGGCACGUAGCCCAGGGUCAACUCGGGCACUAUCCCGUUUCCUACAACACACUUCAGAACUCGAGCCUAGCCGCGACAAACAAACACGCAUCGCAAGGCCAGUCACGACCUACAGGUACUCCAUCUCCUCAUGCAAACCCGGCACACGAUCCAGAAGUCUCAUCAGAUGGGGAGAGUGGUCCCAGUGUGGGGGUGCCCGAACCUCAAUCACGGCCCCGCCAAGUCAGCACUGUCGAGAUACCAAUUCUUGGGAAGGAAGCUGAAGCAGGCAAGCCAGUCAAGAUCUCUAAAAAGAAGCGCAAGUACCUUGUGCCUUCUGCAGAGUCCGGCGGCGUGCCCGACCCGAGCAAGAAGUACAGGUCCCAAUCUGCCCGGCCACCUGCGCGCCUACUGGUCCCGCGGAGGAUUUUGGUAGUCAUAGAUCUCAACGGCACCUUGCUGCACCGGCCGAACCACAAGAAAUCGGCAAGCUUCGUUGAGCGUCCGUUUGCGCGGGUCUUCCUCGACUACUGCCUAAGGACCUUUGUGGUUGCCAUCUGGUCGUCCGCAAAGCCCGAGAACGUCCGCAGGAUGGUUCCGCAGAUCCUCAGCCCGCAAGACCAGAGUUUGCUUGUCGCUACCUGGGGUCGCGAUACGCUGGGACUCAGCCCGGAUGACUACAACCAGAGAGUCCAGUGCUAUAAGCGACUUGAGGUCUUGUGGAACGACUCCAAAGUUGCAGCCAGCCACCCUGAGGCCCAUCUUGGGUUCAAGUGGGACCAGACCAACACAGUCCUGAUCGAUGAUUCCAAGGAGAAGGCACGCAGUCAACCCUACAACCUCAUUCAGCUGCCCGAGUUCGAGGGUGACACCAAUGAGGCGGGUUUUGUUCUUCCUCAGGUUCACGACUAUUUGAACGAGUGUGCUCAACAACGAGACAUCAGCUGCUAUAUUAGGGAACGCCCCUUCCAGUUCAACCCAGACUUCCAGUUGGACUUGACUGGAUGA